AUGAUGCCUCUCCCUGACUCAGUUUACAGCUCUCAACUUCCACAACCAGAGCUUGCACCCGAGAUAAUUAAGGCUCUGGUCUUCGAGCGCUCUAAGCGGGCCAUCGGUUCUGUUCAUAUCGAUCCUUUCUAUACCCUCGCUCUGAAAACAACUUCAGAUUCCUCACUCCCAGGAACCUUCCUAAAAGUCCAAGAAAGUAUCGAUUCUACAUUGUACUCUACUCCUUCUUCCGUCUCAAUCUCGCGUCUCAUCUACCAGUCUCUUACUCUUACCGGAGACCCUAUUCCUGUUUCCGCGUACAUAAUUUGGCCUCUUCUCCCACGAAGGAACUCAGAUGGCAGCUCCCAAAUUGUCGCCUGGGCCAAUGGAACCUCUGGUAUUUUCUCCGAAUGCGCUCCUUCUCACCUCCGGAAUCUACACCAGCACUUCCUCGCGCCCUAUGCUCUAGUUUUGUUCGGCUAUGUCAUCGUUGCCACUGAUUAUGCCGAUCUAGGCGUCUCCCAUUGCUCUCAGCCACAGAACCAAUUGAUUAUUCAUCACUAUCUCGCCAAUCCUGCCGCUGCGAAUGAUGUGAUAUAUUCGAUUGUUGCGGCUCGUUCUGCGUUUCCAUCCUUAGGAUCAAAGUCUGUAUCAAUUGGUCAUUCUCAAGGUGGAGGUGCAUUUUGGGCCAUUGCACAACAUAAUUCUAAAGAAAACAUGGAAGGGUACCUUGGAGGCGUUGCAAUCAUUCUUACAACAGAUAUUAGAAGUAAUUUUGAUCCAAUUGGAGCUGUCGUCUGGGCGGGAAUGAUGGUAGGUCUGAAGAAUGUGUUUCCCAAAUUCCAGUAUCCAGCUGUUUUUACAGAGGAGGGGCUCGCUGCAGUGAACACUUAUAGAGAAGUUGAGGGAGGCGGCGCAGUAGGAAUGGGUCUAUUCUUACCAUUGGCACUGGAGGGGAUUUUGCUGAGACAUGGGUGGAGAGAAAAUGAAUGGGUUAUCAAAUAUAAUGAUUUGAUAAUGAGCGGAGGCAAGGGAAUUGGCGGAACGCUGUUGGUUAUCCAUGGAGAGAAAGACCCGCUCAUCGAUUUUACUCUUACCGAGAAGGCUGUACAUGAUAUAGCUAUGAAGUAUCCUGAUUCUGAGUUGGAAUUCAUAAGACUACCCACUACGCACGACUCGGCCAUCACAGAAAGUCAGUGGUAUGGAUGGAGCGGAUUAGAGAGAGAUUCGAGGGCAAAGCGAUAG